GUGCAAAGUGAUGGAGGCGAUUGCAGCAGCAUGGGCACGCUGGCAGCGCUUCCACGAGCUAAAUCGCAGCGUUUUGGAGCUAGAUGUGGCGGAGAUGGAGGCGCAGUUUGAACUGGUGGCUACAGGUCUCUCAUUGAACGACAAGCAGGUCCAGGAGCUGUUCAGAGACGACGCACAUGGUCUGAUAAAGCUGUUAACGCCCCUCCCGAUUGCUACAGAUGACGUUAGACGCUUCCACUUUACUCUAGUGGCCUCUUCAGUCAUUCUAGAAGGAUAUCUGCAGUCACUUGAAGUGCCAGAAGAACAGGCGACGCGGUUAUUGGUCGGGAAGUUGGCAAGUUAUGUGUUGCUGCCAGUAUUGAAGAUAAAGAGCCAUGGUUCACUGCAUCACGCCGCGUUGGGGAUACUCCAGAGACUGUUGAAUACACAGAGAGAUCACGAUGCGGUGAAGACGCUGUUUACUACAGUUCAGGGGCUCUUAAAAGAGGCUGGAGAUGAUGAACCAAGCUACGACUCGCUCUGCAGAUUGCUGGAGCUUCUACAACAGGAAAACAAGUUGAUGAACGAGUCAAUGCAGGUCUGUGAGGUGGCUAUGAAGACCUGGAAACAGCGACCACAGUUCUUACGGGCAGUGGUGCUGCAUAUUGUGCCAAAGCUGCUCGAAGACAGCGACAAAGGUGUAUAUCAGACUCUCCUGACGAUGGUGCUGGAUGCGUGGGACCCGCUGUUGACGACUUUCCCUCAAGAACUGUUGUAUCUCGUGUGUGUCAUGAUGCCCAAGGGUCCACGUGAGAUUAUUGCAGAUGUUAGACUGCAGAAUCUAGUGUGCUAUGCUCUUCGACACAAUGACGCACUACUGCGCAAGCAGGGUCUUCACAUUCUCAAGGUUGCUUUCUCUCACUGUACAAUGGAGUCGAAGGACGAGAAACAAGCGUGGGUGGAUACAUGGCAGAGCUUCCUGACGGCCUCGGAAGUGAUUCAGAUGCACCAUGAACAGCAUCUGAUUGAACAGGUUUGGCCCCAAGUUGCUGGUCUACUGAAGAGCUACUUGAUCGUGGAUUCAAACAAGCAACAGCAGAGUGAACAAUGGCCAGUACAGCUGACGUUCGACUGGAUGCAGAGUCUUUUGGUGCGGUUAUUCGCCCAUGACAACCCCGCCGUGAAGCGGCUAUUUAUCUCGAAUUUUAUGGAGACUUACAUCGAAAGUUGGAGACUUUGGCAGAAAAAUAGCAGCAAGGAUGUUGAUCGUAAAGCCUCCUUCUCCUGUGCUCCUGUUUUCCAGCAUUUUGUGCUUCAAGACGUGCUACGUGCCUGCAACGACCCUAUACUUUACAAGCAAGCACAUCGAACUCGCUUCCAGGCGUUGGUGGCUGAUUUCCUGGCUUCUUUCCUUGCUUUUCAAAGCGAGAACGAGCGUGUGUUGGACGAUUUCGUUGCUGCAGUCGAAGAAGCGAUUUUUGGUGAAGACGCAGACAGUCACUCGCCUGAAGCUUUGCUAAGUAUGUUGCAAGUGUUCCAGUCUCCUCAUCUGAAGCGUGCAGCCUCGAAGAUGACACUAAGCAGUACAGCUGUAGACCGACUCCGGUUCUUGCUAGACGUGCAUGCCAUGCAGUCCUUCUCGCAAGCGAUGCGAACGAAAAUGCUUCGUGCGUUGAGUCACGCGCUCACUGGAGGGUUCGUCUGUGCGUCGUCACUAUCGCUGUUGACGAUAGCUCGUGUGCUUUGUGUCUUCCCCUUGAGUACUUUGGUAGCAAACGAUGGUGAGGCGCUAGUGCAUUCUCUAGCGUGGAUGGAAGCCUCCUCUUCGGAUGAAAACUCAUUCUGCUUCACAACAGCUUUAGCAACUGCGCUUCAAACGUAUUUGAAGACACCUGUGGAAGGAAGCGUGGAAGGUGUACUGAGUCCGAAUCAACUGGCGAGAUUGCUGCUCUUAACAGCAGAAAACGUUGACGAAGCAGAGGCUUUUCAUCUCGAAGGAACGCCAGGACGUCGGGCUAACGUUCGAGUGAUGUUGCGUGCUUCUCUCAGUGCCUUGCUGUCCAAGGUCUCGGAAGAAGUGGAUACUGCACGGCUUGUGCUUGUGAUUGCCAAGUUUGAAGACCAGGUUCAGGAGCUUGCGGAUAGUUGCACGUCGAAAUGCUUCAUGUUCUCGUUUCAACGUGAGUCUUUCUAUGCGGGGCAAGUCAACUGUUCAUACCUGUUUAAAGCAGCCAUGGCAGUCAUCCGGAGCUGGCUGGAUGGUGAGAUGCAGUCUGGAGAUCGCGAACUGGACGAUAUUAUGGAGCUCGUUGUCUCUGCUGCAUUGGUGGCCUCACAGAUGAGUACACACACGAUGACUUCGACUGGUGGGCUGGAUCAAAUGAACGUCCUUGAUGCCCUUUGUGAAGAGCUGAAGGAUGUUCUGGCAUCGGCUGAUCGAAGUGUAUUUGACUUGGCAUUAGCUGCAAAGUGUCUGUCCAUUGUUGGCGAGAACACUGCUGCACUUGACUCUCUGCGUGCAUUUGAAAGUGAACGUAUUCUCCCCCUUCUACUCGCGCUGGAUACGAGUCGACGUUACAGUGGAAAACUCGAUGCGCGUUGUGCGAUCAGCUUGGCUGCUAGCAAGUGGAUCCUGCUGCAUCGUGUCGUUGAAUCCUCGUCUUUCAUCGACACGAAACUAUUGCGAGAUAUAUACGACGCCUGCGUUGAGGCCUUGCCCACUGCAGGCAUGGAUCCUUCGGCGUUGAUUCAGAUGGUGAACGUGCUGUCGCUCACACUAUCGCAACUGGCAGGCUCAAUAGUGGCUUCAAAUGGUGUUGAAGAACUCGACAGGUUGCUGGAUGAAGUCUGGACGGCUUACAACGACAGCAAGGCUAAGCCUGAUGCACUUACUCGAGCUGUCGUUAUGUGUAUUUUCCAGCCGGUAUUCCUCCUGCGCAGUGAGCUACAAGCGACGAUGAAGUACUGGAUUGCGGAGUUUAUCCGCUUUGGAUCAAAACACAGACCCAACGUCAUCUUCCACUUGGCUUGUCGAUUAUGCCAAACCUGGCGUGCUCAUCCAGUGUCGGCGUUAUCCUUCGUAGAUGAACUCGUUGAACUGCUACUCUACAAAGAACCACUGAUUGAUGAGAAGGAGCAGCUAACGAUGGAUACUGGCGCUCCGUUCCAAGGCUUUCAGGGCUUCUCUCCUCUCGACGGCUAUCAGACAGCAGCGAUCACGACUCACGCUAAGGACAGGUUUGUGCGGCUUAUAAUGCUGAGCUUCUUGGACGACGUAGCAGUCGAUAGAAGCUCUACGACAGAAGCUACCCAGCAGCUCAUGAACGCACUGCUCGCUCGACUUCUUCAACUCAACGUGACUCCGGACUGGCAGAAGCAGCACAUGCUUAACAGCGAUGGAUUCGGCAAGAAGUUGCGCUCGUGGCAGGCUUUGUGCAUCGUCAGUACACAUGUGAACAAGGCGCAGCUGACGGAGUUGAUUCCCACGCUUCAAACUGCGUUUGCAGUGCCUCAACUGCCCAGUGUUCGCUACUACAUGGAGCUCUUCGGUAUGCGGAUGGCUACCAAGUUCCCACGUGAGAUCUGCUCUGGUCUGUUGCUGCCCAUGCUCCAGGAUGCGAAUUUGAUGCCUCAAGUGGGCGCGUCGCUGUUACUUGUGUCCGCUUACCUUGUGGAUUCCAAGCUGGACGACAAUAGUCUUGAUAUCGACUGUGGCGAACUACUGGAGACGAUGUUACCGUGGCUCAACACGUCUCAUGGAUACACAAGGGUGCUGGCUCAGUAUCUACUGGCCAAAGUUCUACCUCGUCACAUUCAUCAACUCAAACUGAGCUCGAAUGUUACUCCCGGACUUCGCUUUUUGGAAGGUACGGCGCGUUAUCUGAGCAACAACAAGGAGUGCAAACGCAUGCUACGACGACAGGCUCGACAACUGGAGGAAUUCCACCCUGACUACGAGAGCUCGUUGCUUGGAAUGCUCUCUUCCGGCUUCAUCAGCGAGUUCGGAGAGCUUCUGCCUCGCGACGAGGCUCUUCGCUUCAGCGAACAACUCAAGACAGCCAUGAACGAGCUGUACGCGCAGUACCAGCUCGAAAACUUCACUCCGACGCCUUCACAGCAGAAGAUUAACGCCGAGUCUGAUAGUUCAAAUGGAACUCUCACUGUGCAGCGUAAAAUUGACACAACCGCUUUGCUGCUUGAGGACAGUGCACUGCCCUCUGCGAUGCGAGCGGAUUUCGAUGCAGCGCGCCGUGGAGUCACUUUGAACGCUCGUCAACGACCUCGACAGCCUAUCAUCAUGUGUGCCAGCUUGGUAGACAAGAUCCCGAACUUGGCAGGACUGGCACGGACAUGCGAGAUCUUCAACGCUCAGAAAUUGAUCGUGCCAAACCUUCGGAUGACGCAGCAGGACGUCACCUUUGCGACAGUAAGCGCUACAGCGCACAAGUGGAUGCCACUGGAAGAAGUUCGACCGCAAGGCGACGAUUUACGGCAAGCGCUUCUACGUUGGAAGCGCGAGGGUUACACUAUUGUGGCCGUAGAGCAAACCGCGUCCAGUGUGAGUCUCGCGAACUACACGCUGCCACGCAAGAUGGUGCUGGUUCUAGGGCGCGAGAAGGAAGGGAUCCCGGUGGAAGUGCUGCAGCUGGUUGACGUGUGCGUUGAAAUCCCUCAGUUUGGGCUUGUACGCUCGCUGAAUGUGCAUGUGAGUGGAGCUCUGAUGCUCUGGGAGUACACGCAACAGCAAUUGAUGUCUGGAGCACUCGAGUCGACUCUUUAGAUGGAGUUGAAUACUGGAGAAUUCCGUCCAAAUACUCUGACAGAAUUUAUUUGUCGUAAUACAAAAUCCAAAUUAUGGCCAAUAAAUUCUGUCAAAAUAAUACCAAAAG